GCGGCUAGGGUUUUAGGGUUUUCUUCUCCGCUCGCCGGCCCCCAUUCGCGAGCCCCCUCACCACGCAGCUAGCGAUUGUCUCCAUGGCGAAGAAGGGGACGAAGAGCAAGCAGCCGCCGCCGCCGCCUCCCGCGGCGAAGAAGGGGAGCAAGGCGGCGCCUCCACCGAAGGGGGCGAAGAGGGCGCCCAAGAAGCAGAAGCUUCUCGAGUCCUCCGACGACUCCGAGCCGGAACAGCUACUCCAGGAGGAGGAGUCCGACCUCGACGUCCCCUCUGGUUCUGACGCCGAGGAGCUCUCUGGCUCGGACGCUGAGGCCGACGAGCUCUCGGGGUCGGACGCCGAAGCCGAUGGAGGCACGGGCAGCGGCGACGAGGUGGAAGAGGAUGGAGAUGAUGACGAGGAGGAAGACAGCGAUGAUGACUCCCUCGCUGACGACUUCCUCGCUAGCAGUGACGACGGAAGCGAGGGAGGAGACGACUCUGGACUGGAGUCAGAUGAGUCUGAUGACCUCGAAGCUAAGUCACGAGCAAUUGAUGAACGGAAGGAGAGGGAGGAAGAAGAGGCAGAGGAGGAACUUAAAACCAACAUAAAAUUUGAAUCUGAUGAGUUCCGAUUGCCCACGAAGGAGGAGCUUGAGGAAGAGGCACAUAGACCACCUAACCUACCGAAUCUCAAAAGGAGGAUAUCAGAAAUUGUUCGAGUGCUCUCAAACUUUAGCAACCUGAGGCAGAAAGAUGUCCCACGAAAAGAUUAUCUCAAUCAGCUCAAGACUGACAUCAUGUCAUACUAUGGAUACAAUGAUUUUCUCGUUGAAGCAUUAAUUGAGAUGUUCCCAGCUGUUGAGCUUGUUGAGUUACUGGAAGCAUUUGAGAAAAGACCGCCUGAGACCUUGCGGACAAAUACACUAAAGACACGGAGGAGGGAUCUUGCUGCAGCUCUUAUACCAAGAGGGUUUAAUCUGGAUCCUAUAGGCAAGUGGUCAAAGGUAGGAUUAGUUGUCUACGACUCCACCAUUUCAGCAGGUGCUACUACUGAAUAUAUGGCUGGGCAUUACAUGAAACAAGGUGCCAGUUCUUUCUUACCAGUGAUGGCUCUUGCUCCUCAGGAGAAGGAGCGAAUUGUUGAUAUGGCAGCUGCUCCAGGUGGCAAGACUACUUACAUUGGUGCUCUUAUGAAGAAUACAGGAAUCAUCUAUGCAAAUGAGUUCAAUGAGAAAAGGUUGCAUGGACUGUUAGGCAACAUACAUCGCAUGGGUGUGACAAAUACCAUAGUUUGUAACUACGACGGUAAAGAGCUACCCAAAGUUCUUGGGAUGAAUUCGGUUGACAGAGUAUUGCUGGAUGCUCCUUGCACAGGCACCGGGACCAUUUGGAAGGAUCCACAAAUAAAAACAUCAAAGGACAUUGAAGACAUCAGGAACUGUGCAUUUGUUCAAAAGCAAUUGUUGCUAGCUGCUAUUGAUUUGGUUGAUGCCAACUCCAAAACUGGUGGUUACAUUGUUUACUCAACUUGUUCAAUAAUGAUCCCGGAGAACGAGGCAGUAAUAGACUACGCCCUUAAAAAGAGAAACGUAAAGCUUGUGCCUUGUGGAUUAGAUUUUGGGCGUUCAGGAUUCAUCCGGUACCGGGAGCAUCGGUUUCAUACUUCUUUAGACAGAACAAGAAGGUUUUAUCCUCAUGUCAACAACAUGGAUGGAUUCUUUGUUGCUAAGCUGAAAAAGUUGAGCAAUACAAUUCCUGUGACGUCUGAGCCAUCUAAAGUGUCUGAAGGAGCAGCUGAGAAGGCUGAUCAUAGCAGUGAUGAUGAAGAUGAGAAAGCCAUUCCUGAUGAACCACCUGUUCAGAUGAAAAAUCAUAAAGAGACUAAGAGGACUAAUGAACGGACAAGCAUCACCAAAGAGAUUGGAGACAAACGUGUACCUGAUAGGCCAGCAAAGCAGCUCAACAACCAUAAGAAGGGUAUCAAGAAAACUGAUGACCCUAAAAGCACUGAAACAAAUGGAGAUGUGAAAGAAGUGCACCGUGAACAAACCAAGCAGACAAUAACUAAAAAAUUUGGCCUUAAGGGCACCUCAGAUAUCAAAGAAAAGAAACCGGUGAGUGACAAAGGAAAGAAGAAUCGGAAAAGGAAGUGGCAAUUCAAGUUGAGGCGAGACUGGGAAGCUGAAAAGGAAUCCAACAAGAGGAGGAAGGUACGAAAGAGUACUUGAGACAUUGACAAGUUUCAGUGAAAUUUGAUGUGCUAUACAAGGAAGGUAAAAGAAAGGACACUACUAAAGUUUUGGUAAGGUAGAAGUUUGCUACCGAGGAAAAUUUUUCUGUAGCGAGAAGUGAUUAUGUUUUAUUUUUAUUUUUAUUUUGUCUUGAUCUCAUGUGCGCGUUGGCAUCGUAAUUUCUAUCUGUAAUGAAUGACAUCUGGCAUGAAAGUUAGAGCAAUUUUUCAUGAUUGAGUGCAAUUGAAGCUGAUCUAUUUUUCAUGUA